AAAUUUAAUUUAUUACCAAAUUCAAUUUCAAUCUACCCAAAUGUCAUUUACAAAUUUUAACAAUGAAACAAAAAAUGAAAUAAUAGAAAAUGGGGAUAUUGGAAAGAAUAACGAAGAAAUUAGAGUUGAGAAUCAACAAGUUGAAGAGGAUAGACGUGCAAAUUUAAAAUUUCAAAAACAAACAAAAACUAACCGCAACCUCAACCCAACUCCAAAAGAAUGUAGUAUCUGUGAACGUAUGGCUAGUGGAUAUUUCUUUUAUGGAGUGAUUUGUUGUGAUGGCUGUAAACACUUUUUUCACCGUUGUAUUACUUCAAAAAACAAAUAUAAAUGUGAAAAAGAUGAGAGCUGUAAUUUGUCAUAUAGUAAUAAUAUUUUUAUAAUAAUUAAUGGAUUUAGGUGUAUUGGGUGAAGGAAUGUUAAUGAUAUUAUGUUGAGAUAGUAUGGAGACUUUUAGGAUAUAGGUAUUUGUUAGUUUAAGCUUUACAGCGUAACAAGAAGGCUGCUUUUGGCGUAGGGGCUCGAUCUU